AUGACAGUCUCCAUUCCUCCACUCCAACAAGCGGCUGUGGUGCAAAACCCGGGAGAUGAUUUCACAGUGGUUUUACGCGAAGAUAUCCCCGUCGCAACCCCAGGGAUAGAUGAGAUCCUGAUUAAAUUAAAUUGCACGGGCAUCUGUCACUCGGAAACCCGAGCGGUGCUUGGCUGGGGCGCUUACAACUCCAUCAUCGGCCAUGAAGGCGUGGGAACUGUGGUCCAGGCCGGCACCAACGUGCCUUCCUCUUUGAUGGGUCAGCGAGUAGGGUUCAAGUGGCUCUACAAGGCAUGCACGGAAUGCUCCGUCUGCCGGCGAGGUUUUUUCCAGAAUUGUCCCAACCAGCUCAAUACCAGCCGCCAUGUGCCGGGAACCCUGCAGCAGUAUGCAAUCGCUGAUGCAAGAUUUAUCACUCGGAUCCCUGACGGUGUUCCCGAUGAAGUAGCUGCCCCGUUGCUGUGUGCCGGCCUCACUAUGGCCGGCGCGCUCGCUCAUCUGGACAAGGAGCUUCAGCCGGGGGACUUUCUGGUGAUCUCCGGGUCUGGCGGUGGACUCGGGCAUAUCGGCGUCCAGAUUGCCGCCCGGGUCAAAAGGCUACGGGUUAUUGCUGUAGAUACCGGCGAAGACAAGAGAGCGCUCAGUCUCUCGUCCGGGGCGGAGGCGUUUGUCGACUUCCGGACAGAAGAUGUCGCCCAGCGAGUUCUGGACAUCACGGCUGAAGGAGCUCACGCCACCAUUGUGGUUCCAGGAACCAAAGAGGCAUUUCAAAUGGCACCAAGAUUGGUCAGAAACAUGGGACAUAUUAUCUGUGUCGGUCUUCCACGAAAUGACAUUGAGCUGCCCAUUUCCGCAACAUUAUGUGCUGCUCGCGGUCUCACCAUCAAGGGUUCUUCCGUGGGAAGUGAAAAACAAAUGGAGGAACUGUUACAACUUGCCCUCGAUGGAGUCAUUACACCGGCAAUUGAAGUGUUUGAAUUCUCGGAGACUUCGAAUCUUAUCCAACGUAUUACGAAUGAUGCCAUCUUGGGGAGAGCAGUGGUGAAAAUCCCUCAGCAACAGUAG